UCAUUUUUAUAUUCUUGGGAGUGCAUACGGUAUAAAUUUGUAAUUUCAAAAACAGAAUUGUUUUUCUCCUACUUUGUUCAAUAACCUUUGCUUUGAUGAAUAGUAAGUUUUUGUAUGCUUCUUUGUUUUUUUCUUUAUUUUGGGCCAGGAAAAUUAUGUGCAGGAAAUUCACCUUCAUUAAAAUCUCGUGGUCCUCUAAUGAUGUUGAUUUUCACAUACAAUGUCAGUUUGGCAUUGGAAGAAUUUUCUUUGAGAUAUUCUUUUCAUAUUCCUGAUUCCGUGAAAGGAAAAAUUAAAGUUAAUGAUCAAGGAUGUCCAGUAUUGGAUUUGAUCUCAGUUAGUUCUACUGAGAUCACAUCUCCCAAUUAUCCUCACAUUUAUCCCAACAUGCUGAACUGCACUUGGGUUUUUUAUUCCGCAUCAGGAAAUAAAAUGAAGGCAGUGAUUAAAGACUUUACAACAGAAGAAUCUUGGAACUGUGAGUGGGAUUAUGUCAGUAUUUAUGAUGGACCAGAUCAGCAAUCAAGAUUACUUGCACAUCUAUGUGGCUCCAAGAAAGAAUUUGUCUUAAUAUCCAGUGGUGCUUACCUGACUAUCAAUUUUAAGACUGAUCAGUCCGUGGGAGAAAGAGGUUUUAAACUCAUUUUGGAAGACACAGUUCAGAAGCAUUCACAAAAAAGUAAUAUGGGGACUCAAUUGCCUAUUAAUGAGGUAACAGUAGAAACCAGUCGUGGAAAACAGCCAACCCCAGACACCUGUGGAAUUCCUGGUGUUGACCCAUUUCUAAUGGAAGGGUCUAAGAGAAACACAAAUGUGCCGCCGACUAGGCUGGGGGAGCCCAGGGUGGUUGGUGGCCGUGCAGCACCUGCAAAGUCGUGGCCCUGGCUGGUCAGUCUGCAGCACCAAGGACAACAUUUCUGCGGAGGUGCUCUGAUCGCCAAGCAGUGGGUCCUGACCGCAGCGCACUGUAACUUUAGUACCAUCACAGAUGGCCUAGUAAUAGGAAGAAGUUCCCUGUCAAACAUAGGAAACGGUGAUUUGCUACCAGUAAAAGCCGUAUACACUCACCCUGGCUUCACCCAGUUCCCUCCUACUGAUGAUCUGUCUUUGCUGCGUCUGGAGAACCCUGUUGAACUAGGAGAGUUUGUAUCUCUAAUCUGUUUGCCAGGAAAAUAUGAUAAAAUAAAUUUACUUUCCAAAUGUAUGACUGCUGGAUGGGGAAUAACUGAACCAUAUCAAGACAAAUUUUCUGAAACAAUGCAGCAGGCAGCUGUACCACUGAUCAGUAGUACAUCUUGUCGAAGUUACUGGGGACUGGAUAUUAAAAACACCAAUAUAUGUGGAGGGGCUGCAGGAUCAUCCUCAUGCAUGGGAGAUUCGGGAGGCCCUCUGCAGUGUGUGCAGGACGGACAAUACAAGCUCAUCGGUAUCGUGAGCUGGGGCAGCAGUAACUGCCAGCCCACUGCACCAACAGUCUUUGCCAGAAUUUCUGCCUACAGGGAUUGGAUCACAUCUGUCACUGGAGGAGAAGUGUGAUCACUAAAGAGUAGCAUGGUGGAACUCUGUUCAUAAAUGGGAAAGGAAGUACCUAACAGCAUCUCUGAAAAAUAAGUCUCUGGUCAGUGUUAAAAGACCCAGUGACCCUUCCUCCAACCCUUGUCACAGAGGAGCUUGGAUUUGGUGUGUACAUGCGUUUAAUAUUAAACAUUGAACACAGAAAGAUAAUGUUGAUUCAUGCCUCCUGGGAAUUUAUAAUCUGAAAUGUCAUUAAAUUCGUAUUUAGUA